AGAACCAGAACCAGGGUCACAGACAGCUAUCUCAGCCUCUUAAAAAGAAUCAAAAACUAUUCUAUAAAAACCAAACCCCCAUUCUCACUUCUCACUGCUUAGCCUAAAAUCCUUCACUCUACUCUCUGUUUGUGUGUGAGGAAAAAAAAAAUGUCUUUGGAGAUUCAGAAAGCUCUGCUCUUUGGCUUCAUUCAGAACAUGUAUGACGAGGGAUAUGUGAAUGACCAAUUCUGGCAAAUACAACAAAUGAAGAAAACUAAUCAACCAGAUUAUGCUGUGAGAGCAGUCACCAGCUACUGCAUGUCUGCACAAAAUUUGUUCACUCAGUUGACGGAUCACAUCAACCAAGAGAAUGUUGAUUUUCAUCAGGUUAAUGUUUCCGCUCGUGAAUUAUUUGAGCAAUCAAACAGUGUUGGUGCAGCGCAUGUCAAGCAUGCAUGUGUUGAACUCCUUCAUGCUUGUGAGGAGAAUGAUAAGGAUUAUUGCUCCAAGACUCUGUAUUGGACUAAGAAUGAAUUCUCCCAACUGAAAAGAAAAUUUGAGACUGUUGUUCAGCAAUCAAGACACACAUGCAUGUGCAGAGAAGUUUUUUUUGUUUAUAAAUGGUUUGUGGACAAAAGGGUAGUAUUUUGGGGAACAAACAAAAGAAAAGAGAAUUUGGGACAAACAAAGUCUAGAUGGAGAGAAAGAUCAUUGACCUUGAGAAUGGACAUUGAAAGGAAGCUGAAACAUGUCACUAGAUGGGUCCUAUAUGAUCUCUCCAGCUAAAUAAUAUCUGAUUGAAAAUCUGACAUGUGAGGUUCGAAACAGGAGAAUGUGGUAGAUAGAUCAGCUUUGUUAUAUAUGGUCUAUUUGUAUCUUUAUGUUAACUUCAUAUCAUAUCUAGUUGAACCAACUAAUGACUUGCUUAUGUGAAUGGUGUUGUUCCCAAAAGUGCUAAGUUCAUGGGGAUUUUAUUUAAAACACUGAAAGCUGUUAUUCUAGAAUUCCCUUAAAAUCAUAGAACAUGAAAUGUUUGUGGAAAAUCAGGCACUAACUUUGUUAGUGAUGUUGCCAAGCAGUAGAUUUUGGCUUUAUAUGACUGUUAAAUAUGCUAACUAAUUAGUUGUGCAUUCAAUAAAUGGUGGGUAAGCAAGGAAAUCAAUUAAAUUUAGUGGGAAAGAAAUAGAAAUUUAACGGACCAGCAAUAUAUUUUUGUACCCCCAAUACUUGUCAGGUGUUUCUCAAGUUAGUUGUGAACCGCAUAGAGUCAUAGUCACAGAAAGUUUUGUUAUCUCUAGCUACAGAUAAACUUGCUAAGUGCAAAUUAAACUUCUUAUUUACUCUAAAUGCCUUAUUUUGGAGAUUCCACA